AUGUCCACGUUCAUGAAACACAAGAGCAUACCAGCAACAUUCAACGAAAAAGAGCCCGCUGCUACUACAAAGUCUCCGAGACCCACAUCCGCCCCGUACCCAAACUUUUCCAAGCCUCUGGCAAAAGAAACUGCGCCUACUACAGAGCCCAAACUAGUUGCCGCCGAAGAACUACAGGCCCGGAUCAAAGCUGCGAGAAGGAGCAGAACGGUUACUCAACCACUGCCUGAAGCAGUACGACGCAAACUCGACCCUUCGUCCGACCUCAUACACCCAGCCCUGCGCGCCAGAAGCGGCGUCACACCAAACCCUAAACGACCUACCAGUCACAGGCCCAAGAGCCGUGAAGAUCUAUCCAUCGAUGCUGUGAUCCGGCGCCUGUCGAUGGAGGUCGACGGGCAGAACAGUACCAGAGGACGCCAUCUUUCAGAAGACAUACCUCCAGUACCUACGCUACCAGCGUUUCCGCCCGCUGCGAGCUAUCGUCCACGACCCCGCCAGACCGCGAGCAGAAGGUCUUCCAUGACGAUGAGACGAAGUCCCUUGUCAAAUGUUUCAUCUCCGGACGACUCCGCGGAGACAUCUUCUCACACAUCCAGACGUACUUCAGCCUCUUCUCGCACAUCCAAGUCUGAAGAGUCCAAAGACGGCAAUGACGACAACGACGAGAUGGUACGAGUCAUCAGCACACAAACCUCGAAAGCCAGGCUCGCCAAGCGGAACCAUAUCUCUGAACCCCAGGCUGCGUCUCAACCCCCUCCCUCGAUUUUACGAUCCACAUCACAGCGUGCCAAGACCAAGACAGAAGCAUUAUGCAGCUCCAUCAUAGACACUAGAAAGGAAGACCCGUGGGGCGGUGACGGGUACCUCUCCACCAUACUUCGCGCCGUGAAGAUGCAGGAUGCGACCGACUACUCAGAAGACGACACGAGGACCGAGUUCCCAGCUGCACUAGACUACGCGACAUCUGCACAAAGAGAGCUGCUCAUUCGAGAGCAAAGUGCUGCGUUGAUAAGGACGGCACAAGGCAUCUCGACCCUCGUCCGCGACUUGCAAGAACUCUGGCUCUUCGGUGGCCUCGAUACCCUCUCAGAUCCUGCCGACGAAGAAGCGAAUCGGACAAAGGCCCUCGCGGUUGCGGAAAUGAUCGAAGCGCUGGCGAAGCAGGGUCCUGGUGGCGCCAAGCAGGACGAAGCGGGUGCAACAAAGAAGGGGGAGACAUAUGGCGGAGCCUGA